AUGUCCGCCUCCACCAAAGCCGCCGUGCCCAAAGCCCCAGCAAAAGCCCCCACAGAACCUUCCACCCCCAAACCAUCCACAUCCUUCAAAACCGCCUCCGCCAAGCUCGCAGACUACACAUCCUGGCUUCUCGAAACAGGCACAAACUUCAUGUCCAUCAUCAGCUCCGCCAUCGAGCGAGUGCCCAUCAAAACAGACACGAUGAACGAGCUAGACGCCAUCACCAAGCGCAGCAUCUCACAGCUCCAAAUGCAGCGUCUCAAGUUCUCCAAAAACGGACGCAUCACAGACCCCAUGGAGUACCGCAAGGUCAUGCUUGCGACGACGAAGCGUAUCUUGGCUCUUCUUAACGGCUAUGGUGAGCAGGUUACUGCUGAUUUUCCAACCAUGGCGGAUGAGGUGUUUAAGAAUUUUAGGAAUAUGGCGGAGGUUGUUGGGGCGUUGGAUGAGGAGUUUGAGGAGUUGCCGGAGUGUUUGGAUUAG